UGUCAAUGUUAGCGGUUGUUUUAAUCAGCAGCUGCCAUUGGCCGUUAUUUCAUCGUUUUGUUGUCCUUCACGUAUGCUGUUUUCUCAUCUCAACUGAUGGAGUAUGAUCCGGCAUCCCCAACAGAGGAACCCGAAGAUUUGCCGAUUUCGCUGGAUCUCUCCACUAUACCUCUGCCUGGUUCUUCUCCGAUUACCGUCAGUUCGGCAAAUGUGAUUGACAUUCCCCUCCCACCAGCGGACUUCGAUGCACUGGAAAUACCGCUGCCUCCUCCUGUUGCUGAUGAAGUGCAGCAUCCUGUCACUAACAUCCCGCAAGUUGCAGUCCAACCUAUGGAGCCUGAUCAGCCCGAAGCAGAACCCCCUUCUGGUCCGUUAAAGUUCAGCCUACGGAUAAGCUCUAAGCCUUUCAACAGUGAUGCUUCUAACGAGCCAGGAAUUUUCGAGUCUUCAAAAGACCAGAAACCCGACGAACCUCGCUUAAUGCCGAAGCUGCAGGCCAUGAUGAAGCGCUCAAAACCUUCACAACUACCCGUUGGUGUGUUACCAUCCAAAAUCAAAGUACCCGUGACCGAAACAAAGACUGAACUUUUUCUACCUUCAAAAGAGGCUGAUAUUAGUGACAGCCUUUUGAGCGCCACUGAAGCAGCAAAGGCUGCCGCUGCGGCUUCCGGUCUUACCCUGCCCCAGCCCACUGUUCAGUUUAACCAUCCAGCAUCAACAAUGUCUGAUGCCGGUGACCUACAACAGUUGCUAAAGGAUAUCGUUAACAACGUUCAGGCGCCCUCUUCACUUCCAUUGGAUACGAUAAGCACACGAUCUGAUAUCUCUAUCCCGAGCGCCGUCACUGCGUCCACCUUAUCAUACUCAGUUUCUGUGACACCGCAUAUUGCGACCUCCGUAGGAACAGCUCACAUUCCGAACCUAAUGAGCCUGAAUGUUACUCCAGUCACAACGAUUUCUUUGCAGCAAAAUGCUGCCUCUCUGCUGCAAGACUCGGCUGCCAUGGUUCGACAUUCAAAAUUGAGCUUAUCUAACAUGCAAUACGUCAACCCACAGAAGUUACGUUCCGCUCAGAUGAUAGCGACUCCUUUGAUUGCUAAUCCUGCGAUUGCUGCUCAGCCUCACCAUAACGACGAUCAAUCGAAAUCGAGGGAUAGCCGUAAGCGCUCCAGGUCACGGUCAGCCAGACAGUCUAAGCGUUCUAGGUCUAGCCGGUCGCAUUCCACCAGGCGCUCUCGUUCCAGAAGAUCCAGGUCUACAAGACGUUCUCGUUCUCCUAGACGAUCGCGCUCUCGAAUACGUUCCCGUUCCGGUAGGCGCCAAAGCAUUAGUCGCCGUGAUCGCAGACGCCGCUCUUCUAGCUGUCACGAUUCUCCACCUAGACGAGGAAGAUACAACCGUCGUUCUCGUUCACGUCGUAGCCCUGAAGAUCGUCACAAACGUGCUCGCGACUAUUCGAGGACUAGAGAAAGAGAUCGCCGAAGUUUUGAUAGGCGGCGAACUCCCAGGGAGGCAUUAAACACCAGAUAUGGUUUUCGUGGCGACAAGACCAAUUUGAAUUUCCGCCAUCGAUCUCGAAGCCCUUCCAUUACUAGAGAUCGUCGUAUUCGCCGUCGAUCAAGUUCUCGUAGCCGGGUCGACCGAAGGAAUACUGCUCGAUAUGCGGUCGUUUCUGGCAGGGAUCGGUCAGUAACAAACAACGGACGUGGAAGACAAUCUCGAGAAGACUCUCACAGACACAGUCGCGCUUCAAACAGGAAAGGAUCGGACUCUUCUAGGAAGCCUGUGAGUUCAAAGAAGUUACCGAGUGACGAAACUGCCUGCAAGCGCGCACUCACCCCUAGUGCUGAAUCGGAUUCAUCCUCCAGCGAAAGCUCAUCUUCGCGUGAUAGCUCUUCGAAACGAGAGGAUUCGCGGGGUGAUCAAGAGGUUCGCUCAUCUGCGAAACAGCCAUCAGCAUCACCAAAAUCGGAGCAAUCGUCCUCUUCUUCCCGCGAAAGCAGUGAAUGUACGGGUUCCAGUGAAUGGGAAAACUCUGAAGUGAAACGGGUUGACAGCGGAGAUCCCAGCGAACCUGUAUCUCCAAGACAGGAAACCAAAAUGCAUAGCGCCUCCUUAUCUUCGAAGACUUCACGUGUGGGGAGCAACGAUGAAUGUGUUGUUAUAGCUUCCGAUUCUACGUCUAUUCAACAUGCCGUUGAUUCGAGCGACUUGGUUCCCAACGAAGAGGUUGAAACUAAGGUCAGCUGUUUCGUCUCGGAGGAGCUUAACACUCAUGGCGACCAUAGGCAGUUUUCAUUGGCAACAGGCGUUUUGACACAAAGUGACCAAGAUAUACCCUCCGAUUCCAUUUCCCCCGGGCAAACCAAUGAGAAUGGAGAGACGUUGGAUGUAGUUUGCAGCGAAGUGUGUCUUCCGAACGCGGAGGCCGUUGACUUAAGAACGUCUUCGAACUUUCCUCGUCACCAAUUGGAGAAUCCAGACUUCGACAUCAGUAUACCACCAACUCUUCUAAAUACCAGUGCCCAGUCGACAGAGUGUAUCGAAGUCGCCGCUUAUGCCUCUUUGCCGUUCACUGACACUCUUGUAGGAGAGGGUGUGCAGUCCACCGACCUACCUGCGUUAAAUGUUGGCGGCGUUUACAACCCCACUGAGUUCCAGCAGACGACACCAGUGUCGAGGAUUGAAUUGUUGGUGGAUCCCCAGCUAAAACAUGCUGUUGAAGGCAAAUACGAUCUGCGUGAAAGAAAAAGUAAAGGUAGCAUGCACUUCCACGGCUUUGAGCAUUUCUCCUUCCCGCUGGAUCUCACCCAUUCCUGGGAUCCGCCUCUGAAUGCAUUUGACGCUUUUCCUGAUGCACCUAGACCUGCUUACCUUCAUGUCGUUGACAAUGAUUACUCACAAGUAGACCUGACGCGCUCCUGCACAAGUCCUGCCUGCCUGGUGGGAUUCUCUGGUUCCGCUGCAGGCCGAUUUCAUGAGAUGAGAUGCUGGGUUUGCGAUUGUACCGUCCCAUCUCUGACCGAUUUGAACAAUGGUCUUUAUGCUUGUGGACCCGGUUGUAUCAAUCGUGCCCUCAAUAUUGAAUGUGGACCUUCAUGCCCGACCGGAAAUCUUUGCAGCAAUCGUCAGUUUCAGUUGCGCCUCUAUGCCCCUUCGGAGCCCUUUUACUGUGGCCCCGACAAAGGCUGGGGUCUACGAACUACAGCAGAAGUUAAAAAGCACACCUUCAUAAUAGAGUAUGUAGGCGAAGUGAUCGACUUCUCAGAAUUUCGUCGACGCGUGCGGCGCUAUGAAAGGCUUCAUCGGGCUCACCACUACUUUAUGGCACUGGGAUCGGAUCGCUUCAUCGAUGCCGGCUCUAAGGGUAAUUGGGCUCGUUUCGUCAACCACUCUUGCGAACCGAAUUGUGUCACGCAAAAGUGGAGUGUGGACGGUAAGAUCAGAAUCGGGUUUUUCGCUCUGAUGGACAUUCCCGCUGGCACUGAGUUGACCAUCGACUACCGAUUUGUCCAAUUCGGCGCCUCGGAGCAAAAGUGUUACUGUGGCACUCCAUCUUGCUCCGGUGUUAUGGGAUCCACAAGCAAGGCGCUUCAGGAUAAAGUCCGUCUAAAAGACACUGCUAUGGUUGAACGUCGUAUCAUGGAAUUAUUGCAACGGGAUGCGUUUCACCGAGCAUCGGACAUCACGCUUCUUCUCCAAAUUAUGGUGCAGGAGUGUUUGACCCGAUAUACUCGCCUGGAACUUUUGAAAAGAUUGGCGGUCACGGACUCCGAUGCUUGCCUGAAGCUUUUUCGUCAAUACAAUGGGCUUGAUAUGUUGGCCGCGUUCAUGUGCGAUUCUGCUGAAGAUGACUGGGAGCUAAAACGACAGAUUCUCGUUUGUCUGGAUAAAAUACCCGUUUCGGAGCAGAAACAAGUACAAACUAAUUCGCGCCUGAUGGAUAUUGUUAUUCAAUGGACCACUGAUCCCCGCUUUUGCAGACCCCGUGGUCCCACAUCAGAUGGGUUAUUGCUGGGCCAAGAAUUUCCGGUGGAAUCCAUCCCAUCUUGUACUGCCAAAAAUGAGACAACUGCCGAAGACUGUGAAUUGCGGGUAACUGCCGAUCCGUGCAUUCCAGGAAAAUAUGAAAACCUGACCCCAUACAACCACGGCGAUAUUCCUAUCUCCGAAGUGACUUCACCCACGCUUGGUCUGCUCGAGAGUGUUUCAACUUCCUGCUCAUCCACGCCCAACUCCACGCAGUCUUCUGUGACGAGCCACGUAACCACUCAAUCUACUUCCCUUGCCCCGCCGGAUGCCUCUUCUUUUGGGGCCCUGGGAUCCACUGCUAUCUCAACUGCUCGUUCAAGCAUUGAUCCCGAUGAGUUUGAUUCACCAACAGUAAUAGCGGAUUGCGAUCAGAACUCACCCGACAUCUCAUGCAGAACUCCAUCUGAGCUAUCCGCCGAAAGUGACCUCAUUGAGGAAAUUCGGCAAUUGGCUGCAAACUUGGUCGAAAAAUGGUCCAAAUUACCGAAGGAGAACUAUCGCAUUCCUCGUACGGAACGCCAAGAAACUGAGAAGGAGCUGCAUUUCGAUCUCAUUAGUUCGUCGCUGGUCUCAUGGGGCCAUCAAGAUGAUCAGAAGAACUCAUUCACUUCAUGGAGCUACUCAGCAGAAGCUAAAAACUCUCAAGUCAGCAGAUCCAAACGUACUGAAGUCACCUCUGGCAGCAACGCAGUCACUUUCACCAUCGAAACUAACACGCUGUCAAAGUCCGAGCGCCGAAGGUUAUUUGAAGCACAAGUGAAGGCAGAUGAGGCGAAAGCCGAAAUGACUUCCUCCACUAUAAAACCCACGGAAGUUGCCGUGAACAACAAUGGGGUGGACGAAUUGCGCCAGCUUAUUUCACAUUGCCUUCUGUCUGAGUUACGGAAGUCCGAGUCUACCACAAGUGGCAUUUUGUCCAAUACUGCGAAUACGACUAUUCUAUUCAACACGCUUUUACAAGUAAUUCCGCUUCUUCUAUCCAAGCUAUCCACUUCCAAAGAUCUCUCAGCGAUAACUCGUUUAUGCGAGAACAUGACGAAGCAAUCUGACUGCUCGGACUUCCUCCUUCCCCCUGGAUGGCAAUCGGCUGUAGAUCCAAGUGGACGGACCUAUUACUAUAACAUGACUACAAAAGUUGUUCAGUGGGAGCGACCGCCUGUAAAGUCGCUGGAUCACUUGCACGAGUCUUCUAGUAGUGAUAUAGAAAAGCAACCCGUGCCGUCCGCACCACAGCCACUGGAUAAGGCUUCCAGGAAGAAAAUGGAAAAGGAUUUUACUGUUGAGGUUGGGAAUUAUAUAUUGCGUCUACUACGACCUUAUCGCCUUCCGAAUUGCCUCACUGGCCGCAUCGAAUCCCACAGCGACCUCGUCCACAUUGCUCGGAAGCUAACCCACGCUUUUGUAUCCAAGGAAAUACGCCACACCCGAUCAUCCUCGCCACUAAUAUUGACUGGAACCCUACAGGACACCAUUCGCUCCAGCCUCACGCGCUAUAUGACAUCAAGAGGUGAAGUCUACAAACGUCGGCAUAAGAUCGCAGCAACGCCUGAGCAACGAUCGUCGUGUACAUGACACUUCUGGCACCUCCCCCAAUGCUGUACAUACGCUUGAUCACUAUUCUUGCAAGGCAGCAAUUACAGUACGAUAGGAUUUUCUCCUUAUCAACUGCGCGUCUUCCACGCUUGACCCACUCAUGACCAGCUGUCCUUGCUUUCAUUCAGGGCAAUUAUUCUUUGGGCCACACUGUCACGAGUUCAUUUUCACCCACUAUAUGGCUGUGCGGCUCUGUUCCUGUUCGAGCAAGCCAAUGGAUAGUAGGAUUUUGACUCUGUUUUUGUGUUCCAGUUCUCUACAUAGACUCCUAUUUCAGUGAAUGUGAUGUUAGGCAUUUUAUAUAGAGCCACCUGCUCGUCGUUUCUCUUUCAUUCUGUGCAUGCGUCCUCUUUGUAUCAAGCACCUUUUUACUAUGUAAAGAAUGUGCUACUCUCGGCGUGUUCCUAUGUUUGAUAUCAGUCGUUUGCUCAAUACAUCACUUUGAUAAAACUGGUUGUUUCGCGUCAUUUGCUGAGUCUGCGAUGUUCCCUAAUUCAUUGGUUCUCACAAAUUGACUGAAACUUGAGUGUCC